UUUUUUUUCCUUUCUUUUGAUCGUUCAAACGAUAUCAGUAUCCCUCGAUUAUGAUUCUAAAGCCAAUUAUAGUGUUUUGAUAGACAUAAAAGAGCUCCAGGCUACGCCGUUUCUCCUCUAAAGGGCUGUUUUUGUUUAAUGGAAGAAAGGAUCUUAUUCAAUAUCUUGACGAUCCUGAUUCCAGCCAUCAUUUGCGUUUUUGGCGAACAGCUCGAAAACGUUGAUGUAGUCCAAGGUAAGAGCGUACGUCUUCCAUGUCGUUUCGGCUCCAGAACACUAUCAAAAGAUCAAAUCUUCUGGGUUCUUAUGUCUGAUGAUAAUAAGCCCGACCUCAUUCAUGCUGCUGGGGUGUUUUUCAGUCAUGAUUCUUAUUCCGUUGAUGCUUCAACUGAAGAAGGACGAUUUGAUCUCAUAAUACUCCAAGCAGAAUAUGCAAAGCAUAAUUCUUUGUAUCGCUGUAGAUCAUCCCUUCCACAUAGCGGCUAUAAAGAAAUUGCUUUCUACUCGGUAACUGUUUUAAUUCCUCCUGGCAUACCACAAAUCACACCCCCCAAACCAAUGGGAGUAGAAGGUAAAACUUUUGCUUUAACUUGCAUGAGUCAAGGUGGAAGUCCUGAUCCAUUAAUUCAAUGGUAUAAAGGACAGAGAGCACUCCAAGGCCAGCUUCAAAAAGGAGGCUCACCAGACCGACCAACAACUAGUGUUCUAUCUAUUGAUCCCCGUAUGGAGGAUGAUAAUGCCACCUAUCGAUGUUCUGUUUGGAAUCGAGCUGUGGAUGAAAACAGGAAACUAGAAGCAUCAGUUUUAUUAAGAGUUCAAUAUGCUCCUAGAAUUACAGUUGGCCCCUAUAAUCCUUUGAGAGUGCUGAGUGGCAAUGAUGCUACUCUUGCUUGUUUAGUUUUGGCAAAUCCACCAGCACGAUCGGUGCGAUGGUUAAAAUCAGGCCAACUUUUGUCACAUACUGCAAAUCAUACUAUUCCUUCUGUUCAUCCAGAUGACAGUGGUACAUAUACUUGUGUGGCAGAAAAUGGAAUUGGUGAAGCCCAAAUAAAUUUAGAACUUUCUGUUUUACAUGGUCCAGAAGUAAAUUUGAUUCCAGAAAAGGAAGUAUCGUUAACAGAAUCUUUAGCAGUUAAAUGCAAUAUUGCAUCUUAUCCUGCUCCUCAUACUAUUGAAUGGUUUAAAGAAGAUGAUCUUUUCUUUCGUCAAACUGGAGACACCUUGAGACUUGAUUCAGUAUCUUCAGAAGAUGCUGGAAAAUAUACUUGCAAAGCUUCAGUCACAAUUCGUCCAUCAGGUUCAUCUAUGCAGUAUGAGUCAUCUAAUAAAUCUUCUAUUAUAAUACAUAUCAAACAUAAACCUGGUGAAACCAUUAUUAAACCUUCCACACUUGAAGCAGUCUCUGGCAAACCUUUCACAAUGCAGUGCACGGCAAAGCCUCUUGGUUAUCCUUUACCUCAGUAUAAAUGGUGGAGGGAAGGUCAAGAAAACAUUAUGCUCAGUCGAGAUGCUAAUUAUACAAUAUCAUCAGCUCAUGUCAGUCUUGAAGGGCAAUAUUAUUGCCAAACUAAUAACAUUUUAGGAUCUGGUUCAAUUGCAUCAGCUUAUCUUACUGUUUAUGAACCAGUUUCCAUGGUAUUAAAGCUAAAACCUGAUAUGAUCCAAAAAGAAGGAGAUUCAAAUUUUGCCAUUACGUGUCGAGCUCGAGGAAAACCUAUGCCACAAGUUCAGUGGACACAUAAUGGGCAAACCAUUCCAGCAGAUAGUGGUUUCUUUAAAAUAGAAAGUAUAAAUAGUAUUGAAGACAAUAAUGUUAAUUUACUUCAAAGUACUCUUAAGUUUGAAGGAAGAGAUCGUAAAAAUGGUCGUCUCACUUCAGAGGAUCGUGGAAAAUUUGCAUGCAUUUAUGACAAUGGCUUUAAAAACGACUUCUCUGAUAUGGUUUUAAAGGUUGAACAUUCACCUAUUGUCAAGCAUACCUAUAACAGAGUGGCAUUUGACCCCCGAGAAACAGCUGUCCUAAAAUGUAUAAUGCAAGCUUACCCAGCACCUACUUUUGAAUGGCAUCAUUAUGGGAGAUUGCUUGAAGGGAAUAAUUACAACAAUUAUGGGACAAAUGUCACUGAUAUUGGAGGUGACACUUACAUCGGGACACUCUCUAUCAGAGACAUAACAGAAGAUGAUUAUGGUGAAUACACUUGUCGAGCUUAUAACGCAAUUAAUGGAGAUAAGAAAACCAUUAUAAAGUUAGUAAAGAAAGGUGUUCCAGAGAGGCCAUCUAACGUGGAGUUAGUUGAUGCCAGUUCCGAUAAAGUGACUUUAAGAUGGAAUGAAGGCUUUAAUGGUGGAUUUUCCAGCACAGAAUAUCUUAUAACAUACUGGCCAAUUGCUGGUAAUACACGAGGUAGAAAUGAAUCAUGUAGAACACAAACUGUGUGUGAAAUCAUUGGUUUACACUCUGAAACUGAAUACAAAUUCAAAGUACUUGCUGUAAAUCCACGUGGUUACAGUCCCUAUUCUGAUGAACUUAUUGUAAAGACAAAACCUAAUCUGAGAGAUUUGCCUCGUGCCUUAGAUGCUCAUUUUGAUAAAGAAUCAAGUCAACUUGUAUUUUCUGUUGAUCCACCUCCAAUUCCUCUUUUGGCAAAAGUGCAAGCUAGAUAUGCUGAUUCUGAUGAGUGGAUUUUACAAAAGUACAUUGAAAUAAAUUCACCUGAAGAAACUGUGUACCUUAAACCAGGUGAUCAGAGCUUCAGUGAUGUGAGAGUAACUUUGUGUCUUCAAAGUAAUGAAUCUUGGUGUGGAGAUGCAAAAAUUGCUAGUCCUUUUGAUGAUUCCUCUCCUCGUUCUGUUGAGACUGCUGGUGCUGUGAGUUUUGAAAAUGUGGUUCUAAUUAUUGCUACUUCCGGCAUAAUUUCUAUUAUCAUUUUAGGGGGAUUUAUAUGCUAUUUCUGCUGUAAAAGGGGAAACAAAGGAAGUAAGAAGAAGCAGGAAAUAAAGACAUUAAAUGCUGGACCACCACCAGUUACUUUGCCUUAUUAUUCUGAAGAAAAUUUAACUAAGCAUGGAGAUGUUUUAGAUGCCCAAGCUAAGCCUAAUAUUUAUAUGACUCCUAAUGAUCAUAUGUGUACAGGUGUUCCUGAUCAUGGUCUUUUAUAUCCCGGUGAACGUGAUAUGGGAAACUGCAUGGGACCAGAUGGACAUUUAAAUAUGCUUCUGAAAAAUGGAGAUAUGCCUCCGGAUGGUUCAUAUUAUCCAUUUGAAGGAGAAAUGGUUCAUGACUACUACAGUGGCAGUGACUUUAAACCUGUGAAUGAUGAGAUGAUGAACAUGAAAAACAGAGAACAUUUACAUUCUCCAUAUUAUGAUGUGAGUGGUCUACCUGAUCCUUACAGCAUGAGAGAUGAUGAGAAAGUUCAUCACAACUCUAUGUGCUUUGAUGAAAGUUUAGAGAGCGGGUACUCUACCCCCAAUUCUCGAUCUAGAAGGAUCAUUCGAGAAAUAAUUGUGUGACAUAUUAGUGAGAAAAAUUCAGGAAAUGUUCAUUUUUUAAGCUGCAUGCUGUAAAGGAAAAAAAACAAACAAACUGCACAGCGUUCAUGCCUUAGGGAUUUUUCCUGAAUGCAGCAUUACUUUGUGUGAUAAGACAGGCAGGGACUAAGACUUUUUUACAUGAUGUCAUAGGCAGGCAGAAGAAUACGAUUGCAAUCCUGCAACUGCAGACAUCAUUCAGCAAAAACAAUCAAUGCUGAUUUAAGGCUGCAAACAGCUUUAAGGAAAAAUUGUGAAUGUUGAAUGAUGACUGCUAGCAUCAAAGAUUACGAAUGUGUAUGAUGACUACACAGAGUAUUCGACAAAGAGUAUAAAUGCUGAAUUUUGAUUGCAAACAACACUGAGCCAGAUGUUUCAGAGGCUGGUUUGGUUUGUAAAAGGUUCUUGAAAGAAAUUUUUAUGAAAAUUCAUAGACUGUAUGCUUUAUUGUAGAUAUGCAUGUUUUCAUCAUCAGUGUCAUUUCUUUUGCUCUUUUAGUAGUUUUGUAAUUUUGUUUCUUAAAUUGCAUUCCGAAGAAUCCUAUGUAAAUAUGUGUACAUAUAUAUAUAUAUAUAUAUAUUCUGCAGUCUUUAGAGCUAGGUGCCAUGUCAACCAAAUACUUAAUCUUUGAAAGUCCCAUCUCAGUCUCUGUAUUAUUAUUGCAACAAAACUUGUUUCUAUAGAUACAAUUUCAGUUACAAUAAAGUCUCAUUUCUAUACAAAACUACGUGUUAAACUUUGAUAUUUCUUGCACAAUAUAAUAGUGUAGUAAUCUUCAUCUUGGAUUGUUCUCCUUUAUAUUGUUAGACUAACAUGUACAUCGUGAAGUAAAUAAAACAUAAAUACAUAACAAUAAGACAUAAGUACAUAAAACACUAAAAAGCUAAGUGGAAAAUCAAACAGAUCUGCAUGUUUCAUCCAGUAUUACUAGAGCAGUGUAAAAGAGAAUUGGUCAAAUAUAUGUAUUGCACUGAUACAGGAAAUAUCUUAACUAAAGUUGUACAUUUGGUAAAAUUGAGCAUAUUAUUUCAAGUAUUACUGAAUUAUUACAUUUACAAAAAUACAAGCUGAAAUAAUACAACUGAUUACUUUGUGCAUUUAGAUUUAAAAAACUGCAUGUUAAAUCUAUAUUAUUUCUAGAAACUAAUCGUAUAAUAUAGACAGAUCUCCAGUGUGGAAGGAUAGUAGUUUUCCUCGUUUAUGUGGCACCAGGUUUUUGAAAAAUUUUUAGACUUUUGUAUAUAUGAAUUUUUUAAAAUGCUCAUUUUCAGUGAUGCAUUUAUGGCUGCAAAAGUGUCAAAAAUUUAUUGUGAAGUAAAUAAUAGUUUUAGUAUGGAUAUACUAUAUGUUUUUAUGCAUUCAGUUUGAAAGGCAGAUAUUUAAAUAAACUCUGCAAUUUUUUUACUGUGUUAACCAUGUUACUGUAUGUUGUGAAAAUGUGUAUUUAUUUUUCAUCAUGUACAGUUUACAUCCAACUAUUCAUAUUUGGAUAAAACUUCUUGUUUUUAAAUAUGUUGAUGAGUCUGAUGUCACUGCCCCACAAAUUUCCUUUGUAAAUAUAUAUUUCUCCUUUCUUAUUACUUUUUAAGAUUGUUAUAUGUUUUUCAUGAUGUAUAUCAGUUUGUGGUUCAUAUAUGUAUCUAAAAAAAAACUUUUUUUUUUUUUUUUUUUUUUUUGCAUGCAUAAUGACUUAUUUUUCAUUGGGAUUUUUUGGUGGUGCUUUUUUUCUUUCUUUCUUUUUUAAAAUGAUUUGGAAGUCUUAAUGUAUUGAUGUAUUUGUCCAAUUCUUUUCCUCAUAUGCUUAUGUGUUUAAAAACCGGAAAUAAUUCUUAAACAGGUUGUAAUCUAAAUCUUUUUUGUGUUCUGUUUUUAUAAGCAUUUGUAAACUUUCUUUUUCUAUGAAGACCAGUUUUUAUAUUUCAUGGUUUAGCUUAUGGUUGCUGAUUGGAUUCUGUAUGUAUAAUUAAUGUUAGUGUAUACAUGCAUUCAAUGCUAUGUUACUUUAAGCUGUUUGAUCCUCAGGACACGCAUUAGCUGUAAUAUUAUUAUAAUUUUUAAAGUAAAAUUAAUUAAACUUAAUGUGUCUAUGUUCUAUGAAUAAAACAAAUAUUCUGCUAA